AGCAGCGUCGGUCUGGUUGGCAAUAGAUUCUCUGAAGUCCAUUUUCUGGUGGCUGGUGUGAACGUGAGAAGAAACACGCGUUACUGAGAGCUCUGGUUGUGAGACGGCUAGGUCAGGAGAAAAAAGUGACUCCAGGGUGGUGCUAUCGUGUCUCAAUUUGCUUUCCAUUUACAGCAGAAGAAAACUAGUUUUGGAAAUUUCGAUCAUAUUGAAUAAAUGGUUUCCGCGUCAUCUUUUUGGCUGCAAAAGGAUACUCUAUAGAAAUCGCUUCAGGAUGUUAGGUAAAACAUUUCCGAUUAAUGCCUUUGUUUUAACUUCUAUUGACCUCAUCAUCUUCCAGCCUCCCCUGUGACAAUGGAGCAAUCAAGCUUGCAAGUCCAAGCGGAAACACGCCACGCUGCUGAAGAAGCAGGCGUCAGUAUUAGCAGACCAAAAACUUCGAGCAGCUUAAGGAACAGCGCAGAUGGUCAUAGUGAUGCCAUGCCAUCCAAUAAGAGGAGAAACAAAAUCCCAAGCUCUGCCCCAGACAGGUUUGCGUCAGAUUAUGGAGAAAGAGGAAGAACUAUCCAAGCCCGAAUUAAAACCUCUUCGUUCUUUGCAAAUACUUUUUUAUCUUUCCAUGCAAUCUCGAAUUCAGCAUCUCUUUUUUCCUGUUGCAGAUAGUAAUGAGGUCAAGGCAGACAGGAAGAAGGAAGCAGAAUCUAAAAGUUCGAGGAGUACUGAACAGUCUUUUGGGCAGAAUGAUGCUGAUGAAGGAGUAAAGAAACAAGAUGGUUUUCGCAGUUCGAACAAGGAAGGAGUAACAAAGGUUGCAUCGCAGGGAUCGCCAACGGGUCAACAAGAUGGCAUUGGUAGAAGCAGCGCAAAUGGAAAGGUCAAAGAGUUCAUUAUUAUCUUCAAUCAGAAAGCUGCUUUGAAACCUAAAGUUGACGUUCGACCUCAAGUUCGUAAAUCCUGGAAAACGACAUCGUGGAAUCAUCAUGUCCAUCACAAGUUUGGAAUUCUUGUCGACUUUUAACGAGGAUGAACUGGAAUAACGCGAGAGGUGUACUGUCUUGUUGCAGGAAGCAUAGACUCACUUCAAUUCACUUGGAUCUAUAUGAGCCAUCAAAACUUGCUUACUUCGAACUCAGCAAUUGCUUGCAAGGACAUGGGUUGGUUUGCUUUUCUUCGUACCCAGCAAUUGCUUGCACGGGAUAUGGAAUUGCUUACCAUAGUAAAUAGCACACCAGUUGAGGAGCACACAAUUAGACCGGUUUGUGAGGCAAGGUUGAGUGAUUUUCAAAGCGGCAUCGGUCAAUAGCACACUCCAUUUCUGUCUUACCUAUCAUACUGCUUCAUACAGAGCGCCAAGGAGAGUAUUUUUACUGUCUAA